AUGCGUCUCUCUAGCAUCCUCACCCUCGCAACCGCGGGCAUGGCCACGGCCGCACCCGCGGAGCUCCAGCAACGACCACGCGGCAACUUCAAGGCCGAGAUGCUCGCCGCACACAACUUCUUCCGCGGCCAGCACGGCGCGAACCCCCUCUCCUGGAAGGGCAACCUCGCGAGCAAGGCCCAAGACUGGGCUGACACCUGCCGCUGGUCCCACGAUAGCGCCGGCGAGAACCUCGCGGCAGGCACCGGCCUCGCCAGCUGGGGCAGCUUCGUCAACCUCUGGGGAGCCGAGCGCACAAAGUACAACUGGGCGGACCCAGGCUUCUCCCCGGACACCGGCCACUUCACGCAGGUCGUCUGGAAGGCCACCCAGUCGUUCGGGUGCGGGUGGAACACGUGCCGCGGCGGCAAGGGCAAGGCCAGCGGCGUCUACGUCGUGUGCAAGUAUGCCCCUGCGGGAAACUACGUGGGCCAGUUUGCCGACAACGUGGGCGAGCAGACGGAGGGGGAGGCCAGCGACGUGUGGCACAAGUAG